CUCUGGCCCAGCUAUAAUGUCUGGUCUCGGGAAGCGGCUGCAGCCAGGCGGCGGUGUGCGCCUGGGCAGGGAACAUGGACUGCGCCCGCCUCUGGCUAGGGCUGCUGAUGCCUGCGGUAGCUGCCCUGGACUUCAGCUACCACCACCAGCCAGAGAUGGAAGCGUUUCUGAAGAAUGUUGCCCAAAACUACAGUUCUAUCACUCACUUACACAGUAUCGGGAAAUCUGUGCAAGGCAGAAACCUGUGGGUUCUCGUCGUGGGACGCUCUCCAAGGGAACACAGGAUUGGGAUUCCGGAAUUCAAGUACGUGGCAAAUAUGCAUGGAGAUGAGGCUGUAGGGCGGGAACUGCUGCUCCAUUUAAUUGAAUAUCUUGUAACCAGAGAUGGAAGAGACCCUGAAAUCACAAAUCUAAUCAAUAGUACCCGGAUACACAUCAUGCCCUCAAUGAACCCAGAUGGAUUCGAAGCUGUUGUAAAGCCUGACUGUUUUUACAAUGAUGGCAGGGAUAAUAGUAACCUCUAUGACCUGAAUAGAAAUUUCCCUGAUGCUUUUGAGCUUAAUAAUGUACCGAGGCAGCCUGAGACCGUGGCAGUCAUGAAGUGGCUGACUACAGAGACCUUUGUCCUCUCUGCAAACCUCCAUGGUGGUGCCCUGGUGGCCAGUUACCCAUUUGACAAUGGUGUUCCAGCCACUGGAACAUUAUACUCUCGGAGCUUAACCCCUGAUGAUGAUGUUUUUCAGUAUCUUGCAAAUACCUAUGCUUCAAGGAAUCCUGACAUGAAAAGGAAUUCAUGUAGAAUUAAAACAGGGUUUUCUAAUGGAAUUGUAAAUGGAUACUCCUGGUAUCCACUGAAAGGUGGAAUGCAAGAUUAUAACUACAUCUGGGCCCAGUGUUUUGAAAUUACGUUGGAGCUGUCAUGCUGUAAAUAUCCUCGCAAGGAGAAGCUUCCAAGCUUCUGGAAGGAUAACAAAGAUUCGCUGAUUGAAUAUAUAAAACAGGUGCACAUAGGUGUAAAGGGCCAAGUGUUUGAUCAGAAUGAGACUCCAUUAUCCAAUGUAACUGUAGAAGUCCAAGACAGAAAACAUAUCUGCCCCUAUAGAACCAACAAAUUUGGAGAGUAUUACCUCCUCCUCUUGCCUGGAUCCUAUGUAAUAGAGGUUACAGUCCCUGGACAUGGUCCACAUCUCACAAAGGUGACUAUUCCCCCUAAAUCCCAGAACUUCAGUGCUCUUAAAAAGGAUAUUUUACUUCCAUUCAGAGGACAAUUGGAUCAUAUCUCAGAAUCAAAUCCUUUAUGUCCCAGGAUUCCUCUUUACAGUGAACUGCAAGGCCACUCAGCUGCAACAAAACCCAGUCUGUUCUUAUUUUUAGUGACUCUUUUUCACAUAUUGUUCAAAUAAAGCAAAAUGUGAAACUCAACCCCCAUCAUCACCUGGAAUCAGGGAUUAAUCAUGCCAGGUUACUGCAACUCUUAACUCCCUCUGUGGGACCUUGAUUGGAUAAACUCCAUGAUCCUUCCCUAAGAAGAGAAAUGUUUAUUUUCAAAUCCUGCAACAACCAAUGUACGGUGAUAAUGAAAGGAAUGAUUUAGUCAUUAUGUGGAAGAUACCUGCCCAUCAAGUACUGCUCACUUACACUUAAUCUUGAAGUGGUCUUAGAAAUUUAUAAGAAGUUAAACUUGAGAAGCUAAAAAAAGAUCCUGCAAGGGAAAAAAAAAAAAGAACUAAUUUUGUAUACAGACAGCCAUUUGAAUAUAAGCAAUGAAGAUGAAUAUUUAUUGAUUACCUAUUACAUACAUGGGUCAGGAAGAUCCCCUGGAGGAGGAAAUGGCAAUCCAGCCCAGUAUUCUUGCCUGAAAAAUCCCACGGACAGAGGAGCUUGGCGGGGCUACAGGGCAAAGGGUUGCAGCGUGGGACACAGCUGAGUGAGCAUAUAGCAUACUGCUAAUACAUGCAAGGCCUUGCCACGUGUGCUCCGUGUGAAGAAAUGGUGCCAUAUAUAAUUUUCAGUACAGGGAGAAAUGACAUAGGACUGGGAAUAUUAAGUUCUGCCAAUGUUCUAAGGAAAUGUAAGAGAAAAUAGGCAACCAUGUCACAGAAGCCCAAGAAAAUACAGACCUGAUGGGAUGACAAAUUUGUCUACAGAGCCCCCAAAAUAAUAGGUUAAGGGUCCCUGCCUUUCUGAAACCAGAUGCCACACUCCUCAGGUAUGCUGAUGACCCCCAAAUGCCAGACUUCAGACUCAGGUCUGACUGCCCACUGGACACAUCUACCUGGAUGUGACCCAUAGAUACCUCAAAUUCAUUAUGUUGAAAAAUUGUACAUACUUUUCUCCCCAGAGCUGCUUUUCCUCCUGCAUUCUCUCAGUUACUGAUAGCACCAAACUAAAAACCUGGAAGUCCCCCUUAAUACCUCCUCCUGCUCCUUCAUCCCCUCUAUUCAGUCAGUCUCUGACUUUCAUUUACAAUAACAAAUAACAAAGAUUGUUAUCAAACAAUAUGAAAGGAAUUUUAAAGGAUUCAAAUUAUUAUUAUUCAAAUUCAAACAUGAAAUCAUUUCUUUCAUAUGUUAUCAAAUAGCAAAGAUUUCAAAUAACAAUAAAGAUUGUUGUUUGUGUUGGUUGAUUCUACAUUCUCUUCAUGGCUACUAACCCCACCAGGUUUAGGCCAUCGUAACUCACCUGCACCACAGCAGCAGCUUUACUGGUCCCUUGCUCCCAGCCUUCUCCUCUUCAAAUGCAACCUCCAUGUAGCACUAGGGAAAGGGGUCUAUUUAAAACAAUCAGCAAUCAACUGCAUGUAGUUCCUACACACAUAACAUGCCGUGUGUGUUCCCUGUGUCUGGCAGUGCCAUUCUGACCCACUACAUUUUCUUUCCCACACCACCUUUAAAACUCAGUUAAGGCUGUCUAUUGGGUGCAGAGUUUCUGUUUAAGGUAAGGAAGUUCUGAAAAUAGUGAUGAUGGGUGUACAACGUUGUGAAGUAUUUAAUGCCAUUGAAUUAUAUACUCAAACUGGUUAAAAUGGUAGAUUUUAUGUAUAAAGAUAGUAACUAUUAUAUAUUAAAAUAAUGUUUCAUAAGGUGCUUUGUGAUAAUGUACUCUACAAAGUGAAGGUUUCAAGGUAUACAUGCUAAAUUAAAAGAUGUAAAUUACAUCUUUCUUACUUGCUGAUGUGAAACUGCGACAGAAAUAAAGACUAGUCUGUUAAGAGUAAACAAGUAAAACUUAAAGAUUGAUGAUUCCCUUUAAAAAAAAAAAGGAAACCUCAGUUCAGGUUUCAAUUCCCUUGGGAAGCCUUUGCUGCCCGUUGUCCCAUUUCACUUCUCAGUUUCACUGCGCCGCACCCCGCCCCCACCGCCACCCGUUGAUCUGAGGGCCCUGCCUCUUUGCUCCCCAAAUCACACAGGUUACUUCUGUUAUGGGACUUACCACACUGUAUUAUGAUCUUCUGCUUCCAUGGCUGAUUUUCUCUGGUGUGAGGUCUUUGAGACCAAGGUCUACUUAAUUUGUUUGGAAAAUUUAUUUAUUCUCAAAUCCUAGCACACGGUGAGAACUGAAUAAAUGAACUAAGUGCUCCAGCAAACUGCUAUUCUUAAAACAUUAUAUAUACAAAUUAGGUUAAAGGGGUCGGGCGGUUAUCAAACAGAAAAAUAUAGCAACUGUGGCAAGCAGAUUUCUGACUGCUGUGUAUUCCUCAUGGAAAGUGAGUUGCUUUAGUUCUUAUUUUAAAUUGAAAGUUCUAUACGAUCUGGAAACAAAAUAUCUUUUCCUAGGGAAUAUAGAAAAAUGAACAUAGCAUAUUGUUUCACUGUAACAGGGAAAGUUGCUUAUUGAGAAAUUUGGUUCUUAUUCUACACAGUGAUAAUACAGUUGAUGCCUAUUUUAUGACUGAUUUAGACUGGGUGGAAGGGGAGAAAAUUUUGGUUCAAGAGAAAAAAGUUCACAGCACCUAAAGCAGAAAUUUGGGGAGACGUCUAACUUCAUUACAGACGUUUACAUUAUAUCACUGAAAAGUAGGCAUUGUACUGUAUUGACCAUAAAUUGUUUUAUCAUACUUUAGCAUAUGAACUACUCCAUAGCCUUUUAUAGAUAUUGCAUAAGAUGAUUUUACAAGUUUUCGCAGUGACUUUCUUUUGUACUAUAAUUAAGAAAACAUACAAAUUGUCUAAGACUAUAAAGUCUUGUUGGGUAGGGGUCAUGACUACCUCUGAAUUCAGUAAAAAUCAGAAUAUUUCUGAUUCUCAAUAAAGAAUUAAUAUUCCUAUAAA